AUGAAGUGCAUACACAUUGAUUUGUUGUGUGUAGAGGAAGACGCAGUUGAUAGACCAACAAUGUCCAUGGUUGUUGUUAUGCUAGCAAGUGACACAAUGUCCCUUCCUAACCCUAAUCAUCCUGGAUUUUCAGUUGGAAGAAAGACCAAGGACGAAGAAUCAACAUCAAAGGCUUCCCACGACCCUUCUGUUAAUGAAAACAAUAGCAAUACAGAACCACUUGAUUAUAGAUAUGCUUGUUUGGACCAAUCUUCUGUUCCUCCUUCUAACACAUAUCAAACCAACCUCAACAAUCUCAUCUCAUCACUCUCAUCUGAUUCUGCUACAAGCAAUGGUUUUGGGAAUAGAACUUCAGGCAAUGAUCAAAGCAACAUAGUUUAUGGACUCUACCUUUGCCGUGGUGAUGUUAACACAAGCCUUUGCCACUCAUGUGUCCAAAACUCUAGCAUAUUGCUCAAGCAGCACUGCCCCAAUAAUGCUUCAGCUAUUUUGUGGUACCCCUUUUGUCUUUUGAGGUACUCAAACCAGAAUUUCUUUGGCAAACUCACCAUACAGCCAAGGAUUCCUAUGUUUGAUGCAAAGCAAAAUUUUACCAGUUUUGGAGAAUUUGACAGUGAUGCUAGGGUUUUGAUGAAUGGUUUGAUACAAAUGGGUUCAGAGGCACCUUUAAUGUUUGGGACACAUAUGUUCAAUAUAAAUGGUACUCAGAGAAGGUAUGGAUGGGUACAGUGUAGCAGAGAUAUUACUAGUGAGGAAUGCAGAACAUGUUUGAGUAAUAUGCUUGAAGAUGUUGAAAGUUGCUGUGAGGAGAAGAGGGUGUGGCGUGUCUUUUCUCCAAGUUGUAUUGUGAUGUAUGAAACUCAGCCAUUCUUUUUGAAUGAUACACUGCCCCAAGGCAAAGAAGGUAACAGCACAAGGUCGUGGAUUACAAUAGUCAUUGUUGUAACUGGAACUGUAGUAGUAGCUCUAUUGGCUUUCAGCACAUACUUCUGGUGCUUGAAACGGAAAAAAGGUAAGCUCUAA